AUGACGACCAUCACCUCGGCGGCGUCCUCAUGCACAGAUCCAUGGAGUUCGUCGGGCUUUGUAGAGGACCAGGAGCUCGAUAGCGGGGAUCUCGAUGGACAUAUGCCCACGAUGAAGCUGGAGCCCGAUGACGAUGUGAAGAUGCCAGAUAUACGGAUAAGAGAGGGGCCAGUAAGGGAAGCACCAUCUACUAUCAAUCAAACACCACUCGUCGCAAAGCGCCCACGAGGCCGGCCACGGAAGUAUCCCAAACUCUCCCCAGAGUCAAUGGCGAAAGUUGGGAAGGGACGAUCAAAAACUGGAUGCAUUACCUGCAGGAAACGAAAAAAGAAAUGUGAUGAGAGGAAACCUGGCUGUAUGAACUGUGAGAAGAACGCCAUUGAUUGCGAAGGCUACCGUGAAAAGACGAUCUGGAAGAGUGGGAAGGAGAGGGCUGAAGAAGCCCGUCUACGCAGCGUGAGCCUGCCUAACAUCAAAUUACCGGCCAUGAUCAAUGGUGUCGAGACAGCCGGCGACAUGAUGUUCUUCGAGCAUUAUAUCUUCAGACUGAGUUCCAUCUUCACGGUCGAAGGCGAACAGAACAAUGCCUUCAAGUGUAUGCUGCUGCCAAUGGCGGUCCAGCAUCCAGGCCUGAUGCAUUCGAUCCUCGCGCUCUCGAGCAAACACAUCGAUUACCGCUCUUCAUACGGUAUAAAGUUUCUAAAGGACCAUCCCGAAGUGGACAUUGAGACCCUCGAGAGGCGUUCUCUAUUCCACCAGCAUGAGGCGCUGAAUGAAUUGAACGCAGAUAUCGAACGCCAGAAGAAAGGAGACAAGCCCAACGUGACGCUCCCCGCUACAUUUGGCCAGAUGCUCUGCCUCGUCCUAGAAACGCUCUCUGAUCCAAAUCCCAAAGGUCUUCACCGAGUUCAUCUGGAGGCAUACCAGAGUCUAGUCAAGGAGUGUCCGCCAGAGGACGGCGAGUUCCAGAAAUUUAUCCAUGAGUUCUUCCAAUACCACAUCUGCGCCGACGAGCUCAUUGCUCUACCCGCAGACCGCGUACGCCUGAGUGCCACGUGCGAUGACUGGAACCUGCCUACGACCAUUGUUCAGCCUGAUGCGGUCCGCCUCCUCGGCGUUUCGGACGGCCUCUUUCUCUACAUGUCCAAGAUAACCAACAUCCGCAAUGAGGUGCGGGAGAACCUCCAGAACGGUAUCGAUCCGCCUGUAGGCUACAACGCCCUCUACGCCGCCGCCCUGAUUGAUGCUGGAAUCCGGGAAUGGAAACCCGUUUGGCCAGCUGGCGACUCGCGCGACCGUGCCGGCCUCCUCUACAAGCAGAUGAUGUGGGUGUAUCUCUGGCGCACCAUCCACCCGCCCCGCUGCUCGUCCUGGGAGCCAAACGCCAAGAUCACCGAGGCGGUCAAUGACGGCAUCAAGAUCCUCUCUUCCUUUGACCCGCGUGAUCCCAGCCAGACGCUGAUCUUGGCACCGGCGUUCGUGCUAGGCUGCGCGGCCUUCGAGCCCGCACAGCGCGAGCCCAUCCGCAAGGCCAUCGGCGUCGUCAAGGCGUACAUGGAAUACCGCAAUUCCGACACAGCCCUCGAGGUCCUCGAGGAGGUAUGGCGGCUCAUGGAUGCCAAGGAUGAGCGGAGCUGGGACUGGCAGACCAUUGCGCAUGGGAUGGGGAUGGAUUUCCUGGCUACAUGA